UCCCAGCGCCGCCUCCUACCGUCGGCCGGCACCGAGAGCCGAGGAUACUAGAGCCCGACCUCUCGUGCCCGUACCUAUUUCCGCUCCCACCCCGAGGGGUCCACCAGCCAAAGACCAUGUGGCGCCGAGCCGGACCGAUCCGCCUCCGCCUCGCCGAAAUCACCGGCCGCCGCGCCCGACGACCCCAGGGGCCUCCUGCUCCCACCGAAACCUUCUCCGCCUCCGCGCCCGCUUCAUCCUCUCUCCACCACAAUCUUGGUACCUUCCGGAAUUCCGUCGGGGCUCCUCCCUCCCGAAGUCUAUCGACCAAGACAGAGGGCGGCGGCGGCAGGGAGUGCUGGAGCUGCGGCGCCAAGGGGGCGUUUCUCUCCUGUGGGUCCUGCAGGAGCGUGCAGCCCGUCGAUCCCGCCGUCGACUACUUCCGAAUCUUUGGCCUGGACCGAGGAUACGAUAUAAAGGACAACAGCUUAGAAGGGAAGUACAAAGACUGGCAGAAGAAGUUACAUCCUGACCUUGUUCAUUCUAAAUCUGAGAAAGAGAGAGCUUUUGCGGCUGAGCAGUCGGCGCUUGUGAUUGAUGCAUAUCGCACUCUGAGCAAACCUUUACCAAGGGCAUUAUACAUGCUGGAACUUGAGGGGAUACACGUUGAUGAGGAGAAGACUAUCAAUGAUCCAGGACUUCUUAUGGAGAUGAUGGAGAUACGUGAAGCUGUUAGUGAAGCCGAUGAUUCCCAAACUCUGGAGAAGAUCCAAUCUCAGAUGAAGAGGAAGCUCGAAACCUGGUCCAAAUCUUUCGAGGAAGCAUUCGACAAGAGGGACUUUAACCGUGCAGUGGAAGCUACACAGAGAAUGAGAUACUAUGAACGAGCAAUGGAAGAAACUGUGAAGAAGCUCUAAUCUAAUUUCAGCAGGUCCCAUUGUGCCUUGUAACCGUUUACCCAGUGAAGAAGGAUCAGUGAAGCAGAUAAUUGGGCAGGAAACAUGCAUUCGUGUUGGAGCUGGAUGAUUUAUCAUUGGUGCAUCCUCAAGUUAGCUAAAGGAACCAGGAGCAAACAAGGACAAUUUUCCGAGUAUAGAGAACCAGACCGUUUUCCUGCUUUCCUAGCUAAAGUUCGUCCAAACGCAACCAGAUAAAGUUUCGAGCAACAUCGCAAUGAGAAUAGUUGUAAUAUAAUACUGUAAGCUGCCACAUACCUCCUCACAUGGAUGUUGAUAAUGAUAACAUAAUGCUCGAAAAUGUUGGUUACUUUUU